AUCGCUCGUUCUCCAUAUUUCACUUUCAUCUCCAUCUCUCUGCUCUAGCUCGACGCUGGCGCCAAGAUGGCUGUCGAACCAUUACUGGGUACACGCGCCCAACGGGCUUUCGUUUUAACAAUCGCAGUUCAGGCCAUAGUAGUUAUUGUUAUGGUUGGCUUGACUUUUAACAGAGUUCGACAAGAAGUCGUUUUCACAAACCAGUACAAGACUUUGCCAUGUUAUUUGAGUCUUUUCAUUUUAGCAGAGAUUUUUGAGCUCGCGAUGGCAUUUGACGCAUUGCGACUACGGAAUGUCAUUGAACUUCUGGGAAUAAUAUUCUUUCACGCUGCUCUCAUUGUCUUUUCUGCUCUGCAAGUGCAUGAAUCGCGGGUCGCUCUAGUAACAACAAACUGCCCUCCGGGAACAGCAGCAUGGGUGUGCAGUGGCGGGCCAGGUUCAUUAUGGAGGAAGGUUGAACCCUUUUUAAUAGUGGCACCCUGCAUCAUCGGUGCAUCUUGGUUGUUUUUGAUAUUCUGGAUCAAGCAACUAUACGAAGAAUUCGGUUGGGUAAUUUUCCAUGUAGUGGGAGCUAACCCUAAGCUGAAAUCUAUGUACCAAUACUACCAAAUCUUGAUAUGCCUGCUCAAAUUCGAUUUCUUUUGCUUCGUCGGAGUCACUAUGCAGCUCCUCAUCGUCGUUCUUUCAGAUAAUACUGCCGAGUUUGGUAUUACCAUCGCGGCCAUACCUGUUGUCUUGUUCCUUUUGAGUGGCUGUGCGUUUGCCGUACAGCGAGAAAUCAAAUGGUUGAUGGGGGUCUCUCUUGCACUGAUGCUGGCAGCGAUGACUUAUUUAUAUAAGCUCGUGCGGUUCUAUGAGCCAUCAUCACAAGCAGAGUAUUCAUCUACACGGGCUACUCUCACAACAUUUACUAUCGUUGCCUUUUUACUCCUUCUUGCAAGUUUCUGUGUCGGAGUUCGAUGCUUCCUCGACUUUGACAAGGGUCUCCACGAGUCCAAAGUCAAUGGUCAGUCUUAUCGACCUGUCAAGAUACAUAAAGAUGUGUUCAAACUUGGGGGUAUGUCGGAACGCCAAUCGUCCUAUUUCACGGGUGGCGCUCCGUUGGGCCCUCGUAUAUCUAUCGAGUGAUCAUGAGUUUGCAACGAUAAAAUUACGAGUGUCGGAAAUCAUCUCAAUAUUUGGAUGUGGAAUAUGCAACUUAUUAUAAAUUUUUACCACGGACGUAGUUUUGUAUAAUCUUCUUUUUUUUUCACCAUGUCACUCGUUCUUGUACAGAUCGCUUGAUGUGAGAUUAUAUCUACAAUUUUUACCUAUUUCGUGGUGAUGUUUGGUUUUGAGUAAGAAAACUUCCUGUUUUUGUCUUGGUUCGAGAGGUGCAGUGAGUGACAGUGCUUGGUAUGAAACUGCAAGCGACAGAAUCAGGUUGUAACAUACUAUAUGGUAUCUUAUCUCAUCCACUAUUUCACACCAU